ACCCUUGAUGCUGAGAGACAUCAACCACUCAGCAUAGCGCGUGUAAAAACUCAAAAAGACCUAAGUGUAAUCACUGGUCUUCCAUGCUACCAGCUAUUUUAUAAUCUUUGUGAUCUGUACACUGACAGCCGCAUGCUUAUGCAGGCAAAAAGCUUUUGCCUAUGCAACGAAGAUGCGGUGCUAAUGACUAUGAUGAAGCUCCACCACAACAUGCCAUUUUCACUAAUUGGGGUACUUUUUGGCAUUCAUCGCACUACAGCAGCAGAUAUAUUCAAAGCAACAAUUGCAACACUAGCAGAAAUACUACAAACCGCAGUAUUCUGGCCAAGCAAAGAGGCGGUUGUCGACAACCUCACCGUCCAUUUUAAGGAAUACCCAAAUGUGCGUGCAGUUUUGGACUGCACGGAAAUCCCACUGCAAAGACCAAAGGAUCUGGAGUCACAGCUACUCACAUACAGCUGGUACAAGGGUACCUAUACAGCUAAGGUAUUAGUCUGUGAAACACCUGGAGGCCAUAUUAGCUUUCUGAGCAAGGCAUAUGGUGGAAGGGCAUCGGAUUCCUUUAUUACAAAGGAAAGUAAAAUUCUUGAGAAGUUUUUGCCUUCUAUAGAUAGUGUAAUGGUUGACAAGGGCUUUCUGAUCGAUGAACUCUGCCUUCAGCACCAUGUAACCAUGGUUCGCCCUCCAUUUUUACGUAAAAAGAAACAGCUUACACAGCGUGAAGCUCAACAAAACCAGAGUAUUGCAGCUGCCCGCGUUCAUGUGGAGCGCGCCAUUCAGCGUAUGAAAGUUUUCAAGAUUCUGUCGGGAAACCUUGGCACUGAGCUUUUCCCGUACGUUGAUGAUAUUUUAACUGUCAUUGCAGGAAUUGUCAAUUUGUCAAAACCGAUUUUCAGUGCUGAGAAGUUCUUGUAUGAGUGAAAUCGCUUUGUGACAUGCCUAAAAGGGGCGUUACAUCCCCAUCAGUGUCAGGGUGCCACCAGUUCACUAGAAAGGCCAGUAAUGCAGCAACAUGUUAUGCAUGCACCGAAAACAGUUUCAGUAUGUUUCGCAUUGCUUCUCAACCAUGCCCAAUAUGCUUUAGAAGAGCCAUAGCUGGGAUAUAAUUUUUCCUGUUUUACU